AUACAACCUUUAAACUACUUAGGAAUUAGAUCAUAUGACUUUCCUCUUUUUUUUUUAUAGAAUCAUUGGGGGUUAGUAUUGAGUGCAGUAUUACAAUGGAGGAAGACCUUUUGUAUCCAAAGCUUUUCAUUGGAAGAGUAUAGCUGGCAGCCCUUUGAGAGGCUUACUUAUUACUGAAGAAUAGGUCUGCUUCUGUCCACCACACGUAUUUCUACAGGAUUCAGACUAAAAACUCUUAGUGGACAUGAGUAUUGGAAAACUUUCUAGAGUGGGAAUUCAAGGAGCAGGGUUUAUGGAGGUGUGCAUAACAGUGAAAUUGUAAAGCAUUGGGUAUUGAUUUUUGAGGGAUUCUCUCAGACAUAGCCUGUUGCCAGCUGUCUACAUAAAAUAGUUGACUGGACUAAAGGCAUUUCUCUUCAGUGUCAAUGCAGCAACCCAUAGCUAUUUCCAUUAAGUCUUUCCUCUAAUUGUCUUCACUCUAAAACCAGCUGCAGAAUAGUCUCUAGCAAUUCGUCUUCAUGCAGGGAGGCAGCAGUAAUAAAGCAUGCCAAGAACAGAUUUCAGGACUUCUUGGGAGAAUCAAUCAAGAGGCAUUGCAGGAGCAAAAUUAGCUUUGAUGGGGAAGAUGGGUAAAGUUUUGGUGACGUCUGGUACAUACAUGCUCUCCCGUCAGAGUUUGACAGUACAAUGCUGUGCCACCAAAAACAACCCCAUCUCAGUCUUUAGGAAGAAGAGCCUGAAGUGGAAGUCAGUCACAACCUUAUAGGAUGGAAGAAAAGGGCCAAAAGACCAGAAGAGGAAAAAAAAAAACCAUACUUGGGAUUUCCAUAAAAUUUAAGCCUAGGCAGGGCUAGGCAGCAAAAGCUCUCGUUAUCAGAACCUCAGCUCCGGUGGCCCUGAUUUCUCACAAAAUCUGAUUUUGGUAACUCAACUUUUUUAAACCUUGUCUCUCAAAGAUACCAAUUCUGAAGGUACUUGAGGUGGCUCUUUAACCCAGCUGAAGAAGGGUAGCUGCGUCAAAAGUCUGUGUUUCUGUCUGAAGACUUGAGUCCCAGUUCCGGUGGCCUCCUUUUCAAAGACUCAGUCUAACACAUCCUAAAUUAACUCACCAGGCAACAGAGUGUGAAAUCGGACAUGACCGAUCGAUCCUUGGGCAUUGAUUCAAAGCAAAACUAAUGGAAUGUAAAGAAAAUGGAUGAACUUGUGACCAUGGGCGAUUGGAACCUGUUGGGCAGCAUCCUUGAAGAAGUGCACAUCCACUCUACCAUAGUUGGCAAAAUCUGGCUCACAAUCCUGUUCAUAUUUCGGAUGCUGGUGCUGGGAGUGGCUGCUGAAGAUGUCUGGGAUGAUGAGCAGUCUGAGUUCAUCUGCAACACAGAGCAACCUGGCUGCAACAAUAUCUGUUAUGACCAGGCCUUCCCCAUCUCUUUGAUCAGAUACUGGGUACUGCAGAUCAUAUUUGUCUCUUCUCCAUCACUAGUUUACAUGGGCCAUGCACUCUACAGGUUAAGGGCUCUCGAGAAAGAGCGACAGAAGAAGAAAGCCCACCUGCGAGCUCAGCUAGAAGACCUGGAACCCAUGCCUGAGGAGCACAGGAGAGUGGAGAGAGAACUGCGUAAGCUGGAGGAACAGAAGAAAGUGAAUAAGGCACCCCUGAGAGGGUCCCUGCUGCGCACCUAUGUCCUACAUAUCCUGACCCGAUCUGUGGUCGAAGUGGGCUUUAUGAUAGAGAAGACCAUCUUCAUGGUCUUCAUGAACAGCAUUGCUGCUGUCUCUCUGUUCCUCAACCUCCUAGAAAUCGCCCACCUGGGCCUCAAGAAGAUCAAGAAAAGCCUCUACUGGCGUCCGCCACGACUGGAGGAGGAGGCCAGCCUCUGCAACUCCAAGAAGAGUUCCGUGGUGCAGCCAGCCUCCCUGGCCAGCAACGCCUCUCUCCUGCGGCCUUCCACAGCUCCGCAGCCACCCCUUGCUCCCUCUACUGCCGCUCCCGCGGGGCAGCCGGAUGUUCAGCCGGGCCGCCAGCACCGCGGAGAGCUCCGCAGCGCCCCGCCGACCCGCCGGCGGCACAGCGCGGGGCAGCACCACGGACAGCAGCCGCCGCCCUCCUCCAGCAGCGACGAGGCGUCGCGGGCACCCAGCACGGCGGCCUUAGCCCGCCGGGCGCCCCGCAGGCACAGCCGGGGCAGCGGCUGCCGCGACCGCGAUGAGGAACGCGGAGAAUCCCCGGACAGCGGGCACUGCCCGGGCACCCGCAACUCCAGCUUCCUCUCCCGCGUCCUCACCGGGAGCCGGGAAAGCAGCGACAGCGACAGCGCCGCCUCCUGUGGAGACCCCGGCCGCGGCUCGGGCUCCGGCUCGGAGGGGAAGUGCCGGGAGGAGGACAGCCCGACCAGCAGCCCGCCGCCGGCCGCCGCCAUGGGCCGACGUGUGUCGAUGGCAAGUAGCCCAAGGGGAAGCCCAAGGGAGGGGGUGGCGGCGGAUCCUGGGCCGGGGCUGGUACCCCCGGCUCCCUGUCAGGGCCCCGGGGAGGAGGGGGGCAAGCCGGGGCCAGGGAGGCUUGGGCUGCGCUUCCGACCCUAA